AUGCUUGUUACUGCAGCUAGGAGAUUGAUCAAGGACUAUGCUCCGGUACCUAAAGAUGCACCGAAAAACCAAACACCUAAGUUGUCAAAAUGUCCGAUUUGCUCAUCAGAUGUAGCAACCCUCAGAAUAUUAACGGAAUGUGGGCAUACUGUAUGCGAAGAGUGUGCCAGGAAAAUAGUGGAUAAAACGUGUAACGAUAAAUGUCCGGUCUGCAGACAAGUUGAUGAUAUCGAUGAGCCAGCAUCUAGAGAUGUGGGGCCUAGUGCACCGGUUGAAGAACUAGAAGAUAAUCGACCUGAAAAUCGCCCGGUCUGCAAACAAGAGACUAUAGUUGAUGAGACUGAGAAAGUUGAUAUCCCAGCAUCUAGUGAUGUGGGGCCUAGUGCACCGGUAGAAGAGCUAGAAGAUCAUCGACCAGAAAAUCGAACACCUUUGCACUGCGAAUGUCCAAUUUGCACAGAAGAAUACAGUGAUACAGUAAUCCCCAGAAUUCUAACACAAUGUGGACAUACUGUAUGUGAGGAGUGUGCAAGGAAAUUGUUAGGACACCAAGGGAAUAUUACGUGUCCGGUCUGCAGGGAAGAAACCAAUGUUGAUGGGAGAGUGGAGAACUUGCCAAAGAACUUUGCAGUGAUUGAAAUGGCACGAGGGAAUUAA